ACGCUGGGGCGGCUUUUAGGUGCUGCCGCCACCACCGCUACUGCUGCUUCAGAAUCCGGGCUUGGGGGGCGGUGGGGCUGCGUAUGGAGCCCCCGCCCCCCGGAGCUGCCAACACUGCCACCUCGCCACACACAGGUACCCCUGGGAUGGCGUGAGCGCUCCCCCAGUAAUGGACCCAUCUGUGACCCUGUGGCAGUUUCUGCUGCAGCUGCUGAGAGAGCAAGGUAAUGGCCACAUUAUCUCCUGGACCUCACGGGAUGGUGGUGAGUUCAAGCUGGUGGAUGCAGAGGAGGUGGCCCGGCUGUGGGGGCUGCGGAAGAACAAAACCAACAUGAAUUAUGACAAGCUCAGCCGGGCUUUGCGGUACUACUAUGACAAGAAUAUAAUCCGCAAGGUGAGCGGCCAGAAGUUUGUCUACAAGUUUGUGUCCUACCCAGAAGUUGCAGGGUGCUCCACAGAGGACUGCCCACCCCAGCCUGAAGUGUCUGUAGCCUCUGCAGUGGCAAAUGUUGCCCCUGCUGCUGCACAUGCUGCACCUGGAGACACUACUGCUGGAAAGCCAGGUACACCCAAGAGUGCAGGAGUGGCAGGCCCCGGCAGCCUGGCACGCAGUAGCCGAAAUGAAUAUAUGCGUUCGGGCCUCUAUUCCACCUUCACAAUCCAGUCCCUGCAGCCACAGCCACAAGUACCUCCUCACCCUCGGCCUGCCUCGGUGCUCCCUAACACUGCCUCUGCAGGAGCAGCAGCACCCCCCUCAAGGAGCAGGAGUGCCAGUCCAAACCCCUUGGAGGCCUGCCUGGAGGUGGAAGAAGCUGGCCUGCCCCUGCAGGUCAUCCUGACCCCACCUGAGGCCCCAAACAAGAAGUCAGAAGAGCUGAAUGUAGAGCCAAGUCCGGGACGCCCAUUGCCCCCACAAGUGAAAGUGGAGGGACCCAAGGAGGAGUUACAAGCUUCAGGGGAGACAGGAUUGGUGCGGGAAGCUGUCAAGGGUGAUCCGGAAGUCCCUCCCACGGAGGGCCUGCUGGCGCGGCUGCCCACAGUACUUAUGGAAACAACAGCCCCGGUGGGCGGCCUCUCAGCCUCCACCACUGAGAUUGCUCAGCCCCAGAAGGGCCGGAAGCCCCGAGAUCUGGAACUUCCACUUAGCCCGAGCCUGCUGAGUGGGCCAGGACCUGACCGGACUCCCGGAUCAGGAACUGGCUCUGGUCUUCAGGCUCCGGGACCGGCGCUGACGCCCUCUCUGCUACCUACGCAUACAUUGACCCCGGUGCUGCUGACACCCAGCUCGCUGCCCCCCAGCAUUCACUUCUGGAGCACCCUGAGUCCCAUUGCGCCCCGCAGUCCAGCCAAGCUCUCCUUCCAGUUUCCGUCCAGCGGCAGCGCACAGGUGCACAUCCCUUCCAUCAGCGUGGAUGGCCUCUCGACCCCCGUGGUGCUCUCCCCAGGGCCUCAGAAGCCAUGACUACCACCAACACCACCACCACCACCACCACCCCCUUCUGGGGUCACUCUAUCCAUGCCCCUGAACUUCUCUCCAGCCAGCCAUCUCAAGGAGAAACAUAGAACAACUAACUGACUUGUGCUUUGGUUGUGAUGGGGAUUCCUGGGAAGAAGGAUCUCUCACUCACUAACUCUUCCACCGAAAACACACAACUUCUCUUUGUCAGUCCCUCAGUGGCCGCCAUUACUCGUCUCCUACUUCCGUGGUAGGGACGGUUUAUUUAUUUAUUUUUUGAAGGCCACUGGGAGGAAUCUGGCCCAGUCCUUUUAGGGGGUGGUUUAGACAUCUCCUUCAUCUCCUCAUUUUUUUUCCUCAAAACAAGACAAUCGGGGUCUGGCUUGAGAAGGAUCUUUCUUUAUUUCUCAGCCUACCCUUGGGGAGAUGAGGGGGCCCUGUCACUAUUUUGGGGUGUGGGAAGAAGAGCUAGUUUGUUUUAUUAUUCCUGGCUAUACCUAAGGAUCCAGGAAGAAAUUGUACAGUUUAAUAGUUUGAGAGUCCUGGGCAAGGAGGAAUCACACCCUUGGGAUAGCAAUUCCCACCUCCCCAACUUUUCUCUCAGACAGUUUAUCCUUUUCUCAACCAACAUUUUGGCCAGGGAAGAACACCCGUUUUGCUGUUCUUCCCACUGAGAAGCCAUUCCUUUGUCUGCAAACUCCCUGGGGUCCUGCCUGUUGCCUCCCAAUGGAGGGGUUUUUUUUGAGUGGUCCCCGUCUGGGGGGCCUCUCCAGCCAGUACUCCAGAUCUCCCUGUCUCCCACCCCUUGCCAUUUUGAUAGUAUAAUCUAUUUUUAAAUGAGGCUUUUCAAUAUGGGAGAGGGAAGCAUCUCUUCCUGUUUUGGGGUGGGUGGGAAGGAAGGGAUUUGGGGGGAAUCUUCCUGCCACCCCCCCAAGUGUUUAUUUUUGAUACCAAACGUGUAUUUUCAGCUCCCUCCCUCCCAGCCCCCCAAUUUCCUGCGGGCGGGUGCAAAGGACCCUUUAAGUGUCCCUGGAGUUGGGAGGGAGGAAUGGGGCAUAUAAAGCCUGUCUUGUAGUUUGGGAGUUCCAGUCUGGGAAAUCCAGGCUGGACAGGGUGGGUUCAAAAUACUCCUGUCAAUACCAGCCCAGGCCUGGAGACCUGAGGGUUGGUGAUUUGGGGGACGGUGCUACACUCGUCUCCACUGUUUAUUUUAUUUCCCCAAAAUGGACCUUUUUUUCUAAAAGUCCCAGAGAAUGGGGAAUCGUUCCUGUAAAUAUAUAUUUUUAAAGGUG